CGAACGGUCUGAGGACAUUGAAACAUUGAAAAUCAAAAAAUCGCAGAAAAUAGAGAAAGGCGAAAAGUAAACGACCCCCGCCCCGCCCGCAAAAAAACGGAAAUUCGCAAUAUAAAACACCGAAACGGAAACAAUAAACAAAGAAAUCCUUUAAACCGAAAGGAAGAAACGAAAAAAACCAGGACUUUCAAGUGUGAUAAAAUCGAACAAAGGAGAAAAGUCGGAUUACGAAUUACGGACUUUAUAUAUGUAUAUUUAUAUAUAUAUAGUUUGUAUAUAGCUUAAUUCAGGGACUGGAUUUGCUCGUUAUCCUUGGCGGCUUCGUCCUUUGUUGUUAUUGAAUUAUUAUAAUUCUCUACAGGAUGUUGUCGCUGUCGUCGCCGCCGUGGCUGCUGCUCCUCGUCCUUUUCCUCUUCAGCAAUGGCUCGGCCACGGUGGUUUCCUUCGCGGAGAAUGUGACACUGGCGACGCUACCUUCUUCCUCGCCAGUUUCCGUGAGCUUCAGUCCGGUCUCCUCGGCUGCACCGCCCGUUUCCGUCGACCUGGAGAACCAAACAGCAAUUGGUGGCCUGAACGCGAACAACGAAGCCAGCGAUGAGCAGACAACUGGCAACAGCAACAGCAACACCAGCAGUCACAGCAGCAACAUCAGCCUGCCCAGCGGCAGCAACAUCACGAGCAGCAGCAGCAACACCAGCAAUCCCAAUCCCAACGCGAACUUAAGUUCAGUGUCCACUCUAAGCACAACGACAGCGGGCGUUUCUGGUGGGGAUCGGGAACGGGAGCGGGAACGGGAUCGGGAUCAGCAGGAUGCCCUGAUCCUGGCCACGCCCACCGCCUUAAACGGCAGCAGUGCGCCCCCCGAACACCAGACAAUUGGCCAGGCACCGCCCACAAAAGGGGAGCAGGAGGCGAUCCUGCGGGCAUUGGACUGGCUGAAGGAGAAGCGGGCCUCGGACUACGGCUGGGGCAACGACACCCAUGUGGUCAUCCUGGCCAAGGAGCUGUCCGGCGGUCGGGACCCCAACGACAGUGUGGAUGCCCAUGUGCUGGUCAUCCAGGAGCUGGAGGACACGCUGUCGGUGAAGGAGAUGGAGAUCGAGAUACUGGCCAUGCUGGACCGCCACCACACGCUGCCGAAGCCCCUCGACCUGGACAAGCUGGCUCGCUAUGUCCUGGCCCUGGGAUCGCUGUGCAAGGACCCCAAGCAUUUCCAUGGCCACGACCUGGUGGCCACACUGCAGCACCACGAGCCCGCGCAGGACAUCGAAUUCGCAUUGACCACCCUGUCGGCCUGCAGUUCGGCGGCGCAUGUAAGGAAGCGCCAGAUCCGUCGGCUCUUAGACAUCGCCAGCGGGGUGACGGACCAGAGUGUGGACGCCAUUGCCAUGGUCAUCCUGGCCCUGCGGUGUAUCGUCACCGACCACCGCCACCGGCACCUGCAGCACUUCGUGCGACGGCCGGCGCGCGGAUUGGCCAGUCUGCAGGACCAGCGGGGCAGCUUCGGUUCCCUGAGGAGCACGGCACUGGCCAUGCAGGCGCUGCAGGACCUGGAGUACGAUCCCGCAGGACACUGGAAUCGCACGGCCGCCUCGCGCUACAUAUUGAGUCGCCAGCGGGCGGAUGGCGGAUGGAGCGAAGAGCCGCUGCAGGAUGGCCAGGAACCCGACAUCGGAGUGGGCCUCACUGCGGACAUCAUCCUGGCACUCGGUUGGAAGGGAUUGGGUGCCGUGCGCGCCCUGCAGUGCGACCAUGUGAUACGCGAGAGCAGCGAUCCCACGGAGAACGGAGAACCCAAACUGGCGGUUCCCUUCGGCUUGAGUUCCUCCGCCGAAGAGUCCGAUGCGAAGAACAUCUCGUACACGUACACACUCUGGGUGGGAUCCAAUGUGACCGAGGCCUUCUCCUUGUCCCUCGUCUCGCCCAAAAACACUAGCUUUUUUAAGGCCAUGACCCAGGCGGCCGAAAUGGAUCCCAGAUUUAUUUUCGAGGCUCGAGAGUGGCCCAAUGGCCACUAUGUGCACACCCUGUACGGCAAAAAGGAGGAGCCCCGAGGGUAUCACUACUGGCUACUUUAUCGAUUGCCAGAGCUGCCCGAUCCCAACAAUACGCCCGGGAAUCAGCUUAUUGCGCCUGUUGGUGUGGACGAGCUAAUGGUCGAGGAUGGGGAGCACUAUCUGUACUGGUACAAGAAGCUCUAAGCACGCGGCCUUAGACGGAGCUGCAGUUUAACCCACUAAGCAAAGUCGAUAAACACCCGGUGCUAUUGGACUAUACCUAGUAUAUGUAUGGCCAUAUAGUCACGUCUCACACACACACAACACAUACGCAACAAGCGAUAAGAAAAAAGGCAAACACACUCGCCCAGGAAUAGGUGUAUGUGCUACAGGUAUUCCUGAGUGGGUGCAUUGCUCCCUCUAUUUAUAUUGCAUAUAUAACUGCAUAAUAAUGGCGUAAUCAAAAAAAAAGAGAAAAGAAAAUACAAGGACACCAGGGACAAAAAAAAACAACAAAAACACAAAUAAAAUCACAAGAGAGUGAAAGAUCGGUGAAAGGAGGUAAAUGUGGAAGCCCUGAUUUCUAACGGAUAACUAGGAUAUAACACCCCAAAUAGUUAAUUGCUCUAGACCUCACAACUGAUCUCGAUUCGGAGCACCUCAGGCUAAACUUAUGCAUAACGAUAACUAACGAAGGGAGAGCAAUAGCAAUGUGAAAACAAAAACAAAAACCAAAAUAUCGACUUAAAUGCACUAACAACUGGCAUCGAACGGUUAGCAAUCCGUCCGUUUUAGGCCCUCUCAAAAGCUUCGCUUCGCAGCGAUAACUAUUUCGUUGCUCGUUAAAAGACACCCAAAACUAAGAAAAACCAAAUGCUUUAUAUGUUAUUGAAGUGGGGAAGGACAAUGGAUCUUUCGAUCUGGAGGUAGACAAAACGGAGGAGGAGAUGGAGGUGGAGAACGAGGCCAUCGAGCUAGUCCAAGCGAAGCAUGUUAUACCAAACACCGUACGUAACAAUAAGUGAUUGAAAAUCAUCCUUAGACAUACACACAUACUGCAUAAAUCGAUAUAUACAUCUUGCAUAUACAUUUAAAGAAAACCAAAAAGAAAAACAGAAAAAAAAACUAGUUUUAUAUGAAGUUAAGCAAACGAAAAGGCCGUGGCAUAUUAUAUAACGAUUAUACAGGAUAGCGACGAGGAGGAGAGAACGAUACUACCCCAGGACACUAUAUACAAACGCUCUAUAUGCCCGUCAAGAACUAUUCACUCCCCAUUAUUACGUGCAUACAUAUACCCCAUGCCAUACUACCCAAACUACAUACAUACAUACUGCAAGCAUACAUAUAAUACUAUCUAUCCCCCGAAAUGCCUACUCAUUAUAUAUCGCCACCCCCAUAUUUCUUCACUUGUCACUCGGAACUCGGAACUUUCAAGCCGUUGAUCUUAAAGCCUAGCCUAACCGAAGAAAACUACAAACUACUAAAACUACUACUUGAGAUCUUUAAGUGCAGCAGCGAAUCCAAAACUAAACUAAACAUUACUAACCUAGCGAUCUAAACUAACUCGUUUAUAUUAUAAGCAUGAAAUUGAGCUUUUUAAUUGUGCAGAUCCCAAAUUAGAACACGAAACACCCACACCUAGACACUGAUGGAAAACGGAGAAAGAAGCGUAGGAUUUGAGGAAUGUGUUAUGUAUGUUCUUAAACCCAGUAUGUCCCCUCUAUGAGUACCCAUAGAGUUAUUUUUGAGGUCCACAACUUUCGAGUGACAGCAACAGCCGGUACAUUUGAGCAGUAUAUUCCGAUUCCACACGAACUUUGCAAAAUUGGUACUUACUAAAUUUUACUUUGUUACGAUAACUGUAUCUAAAGUAAAAACAAAUUAAUUAAUGAUGAAAAUAGUUAUGGUUUUUUAAAGAAAUUAAAGUUUUACCACUAUUAGUUCUUUAAAAUUGAAUUAGUUGAUUGAAUAAGUUAUCUUGCAUACAUAUGAACCCGCUGUUGCUGACUUCUUAUAUUCUGUUUGGUGAGUGGAGAAAGUAACAAGAACAAGCGU